AUGGGUCUGACAAUGCAGCUCUUGAUCCUCGUCCUGCUUCCCAUGGCCUUUCUCCUUCUCUCUGGGUCUCAGGCUGGUGAGAUCAUCGGGGGGCAGAAAGCCCAGCCCCACUCCAGACCCUACAUGGCUUUUCUGAAUAUACAACACGGAAACAGGAGGUCUCGCUGUGGAGGGUUCCUGGUGGCGGAGAACUUCGUGCUGACGGCUGCUCACUGCAAUGGAGACGAGAUCACUGUCACGCUGGGAGCCCAUAACAUUAGUGAACAGGAACGGAGCCAACAGAAAAUCCCUGUGAGGCGCCAGAUCCUGCACCCGCGAUACAACAGAGAGACCAUUAACAAUGACCUCAUGCUGCUGCAGCUGCAUCACAAGGCGCGUCUGACCAAGGAGGUGGGAUUGAUUGAUUUGACUUCUGCUCAUCGCAGAGUGAGCCCAGGGACCGCGUGCAGCGUGGCUGGCUGGGGGAGGACCAGCUUGACUGAUACAACCAGCACCCUUCAGGAAGUGAACCUGUCGGUGAUAAGCGAUGAGACCUGUUACAACCAGUACCGUUACUAUUACCCCUCCAGCAUGCUGUGUGCAGGGGACCCUGAUGACCAGAAGUCAGUUUAUUCU